AUGGGGAGAAAGUUUACUUCUCCCUCGUGGGUGUUGCUGUCCAUCGGACGAACUGUAACAGAAGUGGAAAACCCUUACAAAUGCUCUAUCGGGAAGCCAAGCCAUAAUGAUAAUGUGAGAUCAAACCCAUCGUCUAUCUAUCAAACUCUUCAUGUCUAUCUAUCUAUCUAUCUAUCUAUCUAUCUAUCUAUCUAUCUAUCUAUCAGGCUCUUCGCAUUUAUUUCGAUCUAUCAAACAACUUCAUAUCUAACUGCUAACAAAACUCUUUGUGUUUGUCGAUCCAUCUAUCUCUGUAUCUAUCUAUCUAUCUAUCUAUCUAUCAAACAAUUUCUAUCUUCUAGCAAACUCUUCGCGCUUGUUCAUUCUAUCUAUCUAUCUAUCUAUCUAUCUAUCUAUCUAUCUAUCUAUCUAUCAGGCUCUUCGCAUCAGUCUAUCUAUCGAUCUAUCAAACAACUUCAUAUCUAA